AAUCUUCUAUCACCGACCCCAGUGACGUCACAUCCGCCACUCCCUCCACCUACCGCGGCCCUUCCCGCCAGGGCCCCGCUCUAUCCUAGCGUCAAUCUCCAGCCAUCUCGGGCCCCGCUGCCUCCAUCCGUCGGCAUCAUGAAGCUCGCGAGGUUCCUCAUGAAGCUGAGCCACGAGACGGUGACCAUUGAGCUGAAGAACGGUACCCAGGUGCAUGGCACGGUCACAGGCGUGGACAUCAGCAUGAACACGCACCUGAAGGCCGUCAAGCUGACCGUGAAGAACCGCGAGCCGGUGACCCUGGACUCGCUGAGCAUCCGCGGCAACAACAUCCGCUACUACAUCUUGCCCGACAGCCUGCCGCUCGACACCCUGCUCGUCGACGAUGGCCCCAAGGCGAAGGCGCGCAAGCGGGAAGCCGCCGUCGGCCGCGGCCGGGGUCGGGGUCGAGGGCGAGGUCGGGGCGGCAGAGGAAGGGGCCGCGGGGGGCCGCGCCGGUGAGCUCGCCGCGACCGCCUGCGUCGUCCCCCACCGCCGGACGAUCCUCGCCGAACUGCGCGGGAGCGCGGCCGCCCGCACCGGCGUGCGCUCGACGAUACCCAGCGGCAUCGGCGGUGGGAAUUGCCCGAGGGCUCCGGUGUGGGAUUGGCCGGUGUGUGUAAACGUGUGUGCGCGAGUCGCAGCGGUGUUUUUCCUAGGGGGAAGGGGGGAGGGGGUUUGCGCUCGGCUGAACAACGAUGACGAGCCGUCUAAUAUUUUUCUUUAUUAGUGUCGACAAAAACGGGACAGGUCUUCUCCCCCAAGCCCCCAAGUGAAGCUUUUCUUUCUUAAUCUCGUGUUACUUGAAAGGAUGGGGCGGGGGGGGGACGGAGUUGAAGCCUCGCUUGUUUAAGGCGCUGAUAACGUUUCACAAAUCAAUCGGUCCGUUGCGCUUGUGAAUAUUAGCCGGCAAACGUAUUGCUCCCAUCUGAUAGAGUUACUGCUCUAAAGGAGAGCCUCUUUUGCGAGUGAGUGUCUUGCUGGACCUUCGCCUUUGGAAUUUUAAUGGUGAAUUGCAAGAGAGCGAGAAAUAAUCCACCUUUGGCUUGGUGCGGGUUUUUUUUUGUCAGUUGGUUUCCCUGAGCGUACCGGAUAAGAUUCCAGAAAUGUUUUUUUCACCAUUCACUGUUAUGAAAAAGGAACUUGAAAUAGCUCCGGAGGUUUUUUUUUUUUAAACAAAUACCGUUACGUGGGUUGAAAAGUGAAAUAAGUUUUGUUUUUUGUUUGAAAUUGCUACUUCAUUAAAUGUUGAAAUUGCGACACUUCUCCAUUGAAAUGCCAGUAGUUGUUAAAAAUUUAAAAUAAAUCUCAUUUUCUCACAG